AGGAUUAAUCUCAACAUACAAGCAAAUCUUGUUCUAAUUAUUCAUAUAAAUAAUAAUAUCUAUCUAUCUUGUAACAAACAGAAUAACUCCUUUAAAAAUAAAUAUGAAUUGAUAGUUUAUAGUAUGAAUGUAUUUUAAAAGAUUUUGUCAAACUCUGGAUUCAAAGAUUUCAUUUUUAACACAACAAAUAUUAUCAAUAAAAUUUAGGCUGCUCUUAAUUUGAUAGAUAACUUUUUAUCUAGUUUAAUUAAUAUUUUACAAAUAUAUUGUGCAAAAAAGGGUAUGAGAGAAAAGAAAGAUCAAAAAAAUCUUGCUUAAAAUUAGUCAAAAACAAAAAUUUAAAAAUUAUGAAAUUGAUAGAUAAGUAAAUAAUUAGGUUGAAUAUUUUAAAAAUUUUGAAAAAAAAAAAAAAUAAUAAUAAUAAUAUUAAUGAAAUAUAUAUAGGAAGAAAUAAAUAUGUAAAUCAAAUUCUUUUUUAGUUUCUAGAUUCACCGCUAUCUGAUCAUAUAGAACUAGAUCUGGACUAUCAUUAAAUUCCUCACAAAAGAAUAUCGGAUUUAGGGUUUGCUAUUGAUAAAUGCACUAAUCUCUAAAGUUUUAUAAUUGAUUUAAAAAACAACAAAAUACCCUUCUAGGUUUUAUAGGAUUUGAUCAUUGGAUUAUCAAAAUGUGCUAAGCUAUAAAUUUUAUCACUUGAUUUACAAUAAAAUUUAAUCGGCAAACGCUUUACAUCUAGUUUAGGAUCCGAGUUGGCCAAAUGUGCAUAAAUAUCCUCACUACAAAUUAAUUUAAUGAGAAAUAAUAUUGGUGAUUAAUUUGUUUCAGAUCUAUGCGCGGAUUUAUACAAAUUUUACAAUCUUACUGCUUUAAAACUUGAUUUACAGUAUAAUAAAAUAGGCACUGAAUGUUCAACAAAUUUGUGUCCUGGAUUAGAAAAAUGCACUAAUCUUUUCAACUUGAUACUCAAAUUUAAUUUGAAUUACAUAGAUUCUGAGCUAACCUCAGACUUAAGCUCUCGAUUAUCUAAAUUAAUUAAACUUAACACUUUGAAUCUACAAUUAGAUUGCAAUGAUAUUUAUGACUAAGGAGUUUCAGAUUUAGGAUCUGGAAUAUCACAACUAUUUAACAUAGAACAUUUGGUCAUCUCAUUAAACAUGAACAAGAUCACUUCUAUUGGGUCAUCUAAUUUAAUAUCCUAAUUAACCAAAUGCAAUAAACUCUCACAUCUUUCUCUCUUCUUCAAUAACAAUUAAAUUGGUGAUCUAGGUGUAUCGUAAUUCAGUUCUAGUCUAUCAUAAUUCUAAAAGCUUUCAAAGCUGCUGUUUGGUUUAAAAUCUGAUAAAAUCACUGAUUAGGGAGCAUCAGCAUUAGGUUCAAAUAUAGCAAAAUGCACUACUCUUCUAAAUUUGCGACUUUAUUUUUACUGGUCAAAAAGUAGUCAUUUUGGUAUCACGCAGCUGUGCUCAGGAGUAUCAAAUUGCGCUAAUCUUUAAACCUUUUCAUUUUUCCCUUACGAUUUAAAUGAUUAAGAUUUACAAGAUUUAGGAGCUGGAUUAACAAAAUGCUCAAAUUUAUCAACUUUAAAAUUUGAUUUCAAGUUUGAUAAAAUUGUCACUUAUGGUUUUUCUGAUUUUAUAUCUGGAAUAGCAAAUUUAGUCAAUCUUUAAUAUUUAAAGUUAGAUUUUAGAUAAAGCAAUAUUAAUGAUGAAGGUGCUGAAGCAAUAGCAGCUGGAUUGUCAAAAUGCUUUAAUUUAUCAAAUUUAAAUAUUGAUUUAUAACGUAAUUAAAUUGGUGAUUAGGGAGUAUCAGAUUUAGGUAUUGCAUUAGCAAAGUGCAACAAUCUUUCAUAAUUAAAGCUUGAUCUAUUGUAAAUAUAAUUUUUUUCUUGUUCAAUUUCAUAAUAAUUUAAAUAAAAAUUAACAACUUGAUUUGAAUUUUUAGUUAAAUUAUUCAAAAAUUUUUAUUUAUUAAGUUUUUUGUUAAAUCAAUUUAAAUUUGAUUGAAUUUUAAAAAUAUUUUUUACUUUGAUAAAUACAUAUUUAUGUGUAUUUUUUAUUAAUUUUCUUAAAGUGGGAAUAAAAUAGGCGAUGAAGGAGUAUCAAAAUUAGUUUAUGGAAUAAGAAAACUGUUAAAACUCAAAAUCUUGAUUCUAAAAAUAUAGAAACAUAAAAUAAAAAAGACUUGUAUUGAAAAGCUAUAAAGGUAAGUCUUAAAAAUAAAAAGAUUAGUUUUAAAGAGUUUUUUGGUUUUUUAUGAUAAUUCUGAUGAAGAAAAUGGUGAUGAUAAUAUUAAUAGUGAUGGAGAUGAAGAUGAAGAUGAUUAAGAUGAUGAAGAAGAUGUUGAUUAAGACGAUAAUGAUUACUAAGAAAAUGGAUUUUAAGUUAAUAAUUUAGGAUUAUAAAAUGAUGUUAUUAAUUAAAAUCAAGCAGAUAGUUAAUGAAUAUUCAUAUUAAUAAAUAAUAAUUAUUGUAAAAAAUAAAGACUUAUUUUGUUUAUAACUUACUUAUUUAUAUUUAUUUUGGGUUUAAACUUUAUUAAUACUAAUAAAAAUU